AUGCAAUCACUUAUUGGUUCAAUGCAUCUAUUGGUAGGCUGGGAAUGGUCUAUAAAUAUGGAUGCGUUCGUUGUAAAUGCAAUGACGAAGAGAAAAGUUCUUAUUAGAGGUUCGAUUUCUAUUUUGUUGCUAUGCUUGUCGCUUAUCAAUGCAAGUGCCCAGACGGAAAAAAUGGACUAUGUUCAUGAGCUGCUGCAUGAAAUAAGCGAAAAAGAGCAUGAAAUAGAAGAGCUGAAAAAUGCUCUGCGAAUGCAGAAUCUAAGCGAAGCAGAACUCAAGGACGCUUACAACACGAUGGAAGACCGGGCAGAGAGAAAGAGCGCAGAUUCUUCCGAAAAAGAUGGCCCAGACGUGGCCUCGUCGUUAGAAAAAUCAGACCAGCCGUCCACUUACAAAUCGGAUCAAGAUGUGCAUUCUGAAGACAAAAAACCAUCUGAGAUUUUGCUUGAAAAUGUGUCCUCUGAAAACGAAAAGCCUGGCUUGGACGAAGAGCAGCCUAUGGAUGCAGCCGAAUCGACUGAGGACGAGAAAAAGGCCAGCCAAGAUGAAUUGGGCCAAAGCCCCGACGACACAGAAGAGGCUGACACGCUUUCGAGCUACAGCUCUGCGGUAGAGCCCAAUUCUGAGACUCAGGCGGACCACGAUUCUGAACCAAUCGAGGCUGACCAAUCCAAGCAUUCGUCUACCAACGAAGAGCGCGCUGGCAAGCCAAUUGGUGAUGACGAUCUAGCGGAAGAAGAGUUGGCUAAAAGCUCGCCAGAGAAUUCGGAGGAAACGCCUGUGUAUGCCUUGUCAGAAGACGAAAUCUCAGACAAGUCCGAUGAAGACUCUAGUGUGGCAGACAUGCCUGCAAAAGACACACAUGAAAACUCCCUUGAAGGCCAGAGCAACGCUGCAGACAGCACAGAACACGAUGAUGACGCUGCACAGAGCGAGCCUUCCGAGAAAAAGGAAGAGCCAGAAAGCAGACAGAGCGAGCCUUCGUCUUCUGAAAAACAGCUCGAAACUGAGGAGCUUUUUAGCGAAAUGGAAGAACAGGAUUCUAAGCCGGAAACUGGCACGCCACAGGAUGCAUCACCAUCCGAUAAAGAUGGCAAAGCUGAGGAUUUAUCAUCGCCUGCCGAUGGUACUUCAGACAACAAAGCUGUGCAAUCUGAAGAGCUUGACGGCGUGUCUGAAAGCCAAGAGGGCGAGGAGUCUGAAAGCGACCCACUGGAAAGUCAAACGCAGACGCCGCAGAAGGAGGAAGGAGGCACGCCCCAAAGCAAGGAUGAGCCUGCUGCACUUGAUUCUGAGCAAGAGCACACGGAACAAAGCGAAGACAUGCCUUCCAGCGAAAACGAGGCCGGGCCCAACCCCGCACCAGCAGAAAAUGAGUCAUCAGACAGCAAGACGUACGAUACUGGGGUAUACUCCAGCCAAAAUCCACCCAAUGCUGAAUCUGUAGAUGAAAAGCCAGCAGAAGCGUCUUCAGAAUUUUCGAAUAAAAAUGAAGAGCCCUUGGCGGAUGAUAGAAAUGCUUCGCCCUCCAGCAAACCAAUUGAAAACGACUUUGAAGACAACAAAGCCUUUGAUGAGGAGGCCUUGGAUUCUGCCAGCGAGCCAUCUGUCCAAGCGGCUGCGCCUUCGAAAGACACUAGCGAUGAGUCUGCUAAGUCCCCUCUUUCUAGUGAAGACGGCGAGAGUGCAGACGGCAGUGAGCUCGAACAGACGCAGAAUGUAGACGCAGAACCACAACCAGACAGCGCGCCUGCCAAUGGCGAAGAAGGCGUUGAAAGCAAGCAAGCAGGCACAGACCCCAUUGCAAACCAGGAAGCUUCUAGCGAUGACAGCGUAGCCAGUAAAGAGUUGGAAGAUGAAAAUGAAAGCAAAAAAGAACAGGAUGGAAGCGCACUGCAGAGCUCGGAAGAAAAACAAGGCGAGGACUUGGAGUCAGAAAAUUUGGCCCCAAGCCCAGCGUCGGAUGAGGCUCUUGGUGCGGAACAGAAGUCUGCGUCUUCUGCUGCUAUUGAUUACGAUCCCGAAAACACUAGCCCUGAGGCCUCGAAGGAAGGCUCUGCCCAGCUCAACCUGCUGGAUGGCUUGUGCUGCACAUCCAGAAAAAACGAGUACUUCUGGCUGCUCACGCCUGAAGAAGAGUCUGCAAUGGAGGACAGCCUGAAGAGCGUUCGGCCGGUUAGAACAACCGACAACCCUGAGCUUGUCAACUUCCUUGUUAAGCACAACGCGCACAUGUUCAAGGAUCUUUCUGGGCCUGUCACUGACGAACUGCUAUCGCAGUGCCUGGCAAGAACUGUUUCUAUCUCUAUAGACCUUUCUGUCUAUGAGAAGGGAGACAUAGCCAAGGCAUUCGACUGGAGCCAGUUUGUCAACCUGAAGGGCUUUGAGGUGUUUGGAAACGACCCGUCUACCGUGCCAAGUGAUGAUGCUGUCAGCGAUAUUGUUUCGGAGCUCUUGCCAGUGUUUGAGAAGCUGGAUGCAUCCAAGCGGGUUGUUGUGUUCUCAAAUAUGGCGUGCCCUUCGAUCAACUCAAACAUUGCCAAGCUGAACGCGUCGCACAUGAUCUUCGCAUUCUCCACGUACUUUGCAUCCCAAAACGAGAAAACUCUAAGCGAGUAUAUAGAGAGGCUAAACCCAAGCGUAAAGCGCAUCUCUCUUGUUAGCUUUAAAAUAGGCAUGGGAAGCGAGGAUGAGUACUGUAAAAAUGAGGGGUGGAUGCCUGCAGAUCACGCCAAAAACCCCCCUGCAGUCGAAGUUGUAACUGUUGCAAUGUGCGACGAAGACCUGGUGAAAUGUCUCCUGAAGCACCGAUUCUUUAGGCUGACAGAAAACCACGUUCUGAGGAACAACGGAAUUACAAACCUGAGUGCAUAUUCGAACAUGCCUUUGCUGCAGACCAGAGGCCUUAUUCUGGUGCAGGAAAGCCAGUUCAGCAAGCUGGCAGUUGAAGACCUUUCUGGAUUCUUCUCACUUGACACAAUUGGGGUCGUUGGAUGCGGCGAAAGCCUAUCUAUAGAGGCCGACGUGUUCAAUCCAAAGUUCACAAAGCUUGAACAGGCUGUAUUUGACGACAAGUGCAAAAUAAGCGUGUCUGGCGAGCUGGAGGAAAAAUGGCUCUCCCGGAUUAAAAUGUCCGUGUUUGGCAUGAAAAAGCCUGAAGUAUUCAGCAGAGAGUACUUUGUUUGCAGGAUGCCUGAACUCAAAAACUGGGCAAUCACUAUGAGAGACCAAACCCAGGCCAGCGUGGACUUGGGCAGCUCCGUCCUUGCCCCUCUCUUCCAGUCAGCUGGGAUAACCGGCCUUGAAUCCGUGGCUGUGUUUGUGGAGGAAGAAGUGCGCGAAGAGGGCUCGGCCUCAGACGCUCCAAAAGCAAUCGAGUCUCCAAGUAGCGCGCUCGAGGCAGCCGAGGAAUAA